AUGGAUUACCAAAACGUGAAUUCCUUAAACGUUUGGUUGAAUUUGCUCACGGGUAACCUGCUACCGAUGAUCAACGGUAACGCACCUAUUUCAUUCUUUUGGAAAGUGUACAGUAUCUUUAUAUGGAUAUUAGAAAUAUCUGUAACGAUCUUGAUGAUACCUGGAUGCAUGUACGUGUCAAUGGAGAAGGCUGUAAAUGACAGCCUCAUCUGCUUAGUAGAAACAAUAGAAAUGUUUUUUAUGAUUUGGCGAAUUCACGCUCGUAAACAUUUGAUGUAUGAAUUAAUCCAAAAACUGAAUGAGAUGUUGCAUACUGCAGAUAAAACUAUGAAAAAUAUCGUGACGGAGACUUUGGAUCCGAUAAAGAUUCCAUUUAAUUUCUAUUGGACCACCGGCAUGAUGUCGAUAAUAGUGUGGCAUUUCGUAACGUUCCUAGUAAUAUUCGAGAAAAAUCUAUUUUAUUACGAAGAUUUCAGACUACCUGCUGGUUUUUUUAAACAGCCAUUCUCUCUCAAAGUCUUUCUAUUAGCAGGUGUAUACAUAUUGGUCAGUAUGACAUAUUCGUUCAUAAAGAAAGUUGGUGCGGAAGUAUACGUGGUGCAUUUGAUUUUAAUGAUAACCGCGCAAUAUCGAUAUAUGGCGAUAAAAAUUGCAAUGAUAUUUCAAGAAGGAAAUGAAGACGAUGAAUUAGAAAAAGAAGGUUUUCCUGCAUUUGAUCGAAAAAAAGAAAUAGAAAUUAGAGCACUCUGCCGACAUCAUCAUGAUGUGAUACAGUAA